AUGAGCAAGGAAGAACAAGAAAAACGCGAAGUGUUGGCCCUAGUGUCCUGGCUCCAGACGUUUGAUCAGUUUCCUUUCUCAGUUGUCGAUGGGAUUGAUGGCGAUAUCAAGGAACGAUUCAACAUUGUCUUGGAAUCUCUUGAAAAUGUCAAGAUUUCACGUGCCGUGGUCCAUGUAGCCGAGGAAGUUUGCGGUUUGCAUCGAAACGACAUUGGCUCCCAUAACUCUGCUAGUCAAAUAUGGAGGGCCAUGUUGAAUGUCACAACCAUCAAAAGCCGAUUUGAAAUCUACACAACACCCGAGAAUGCAAGCUCCGAUGCUGAAAUUCCCCAUGUAGUUUUGUCCAAUCUACUGGACUUUGCUGUCACUAGUCCUGAUCUGGACGAACGACGAAAAUACAUUCAACGCAUCAUGUCGCUGUCAAAAUCAGUGCAAAAGAUUCUCAUGAACCUCAUUGAACGAAUGAAGAAAACAUUGCCUAGAAAGCCAAAGAACUCUAGCCGAUCCAGUAGGGGUGUUCGUUCGCCACGAAUGCUCUGUGGCCCCAACAACGACGCUGUCAUUGACGGUCCUGAUGCGCCCAUCCCAGACCCUGGCAACAAACCAUUCAUCAAAAAUUGUGCACGCAAGAAACAGGAUUCCCACCUCUUUGUAGAUGAUGACUCUUCAGCUGGAGCAAGCGAUGUCACUCCUCCUCCACAAGAGACUUCUCAGCGGGUCCGAGCUUUUGGGUCGCCACGGCGAGAGCGCAAUGUGCAUGGUAUCCCGCAAACCGAGUCGCAGGACCGAUCUAGAGGACGGUCCAAUCAACAGGAUCAUCAGAGAAGUCGCAGUGCUUCACAUGUCCGUCAUCAAGACCAUCAGGACCACGAGGGAUCACAGUCGUCAAAGCCCCGUCAACCUGAAGGACAUUACAUGCCCGAAUUAACAAAGAAACGGUGCCAAAAGGGAUUUGCAUCGCCUCCCCGGGAUCGCCAACAGCGUAAACAAAAGGGAUUUGCUUCGCCGGGUAAACAGCGGCAUAGUACUGGAACUAGUAAUGGUUCGCAGAAUGUACCGUUUCGAGAGCGGCAAGUGCAGACGCAGCAGCGAGCGGCGUUUGCCUCCAUCAACAACCAGAACCAGCGCAACCAAAAGCAGCAACAACAACAGCAGCAGCCACAGCAGCACCAUGGUACGCUCAGCAGAAAAGGUGGAACGCAGAAGCCGGGUCCGCCCCCACCACCUCCGCCAUAUUCACUUGAUCAGAAGAUGCCGGCGUCGUCGACUCCUUCAGACGAAUUGGAAAUCGACAACCAUUUGUCCCUCCCCCUCACAGACACAACCCUUAGCACAGUUGAUACCACUAGCUCUCUUGAAGCUGGUUCCGAUCUUGCCGUUCUAAAGGUCAAUUCAUCUACGGAUACCAAACAGAGGCAGGUCGGGAGGGGGCGCCAGGGAGAUGCGUUCUCUUCUCCAGCGAGAAGAGUGUCAUUGCUCGACAGCCCAGUCCCUAUCAAAACACCCGACGUGUCACUUACAACGCAGGAACGGGAAGUUGAUGGUCGAAUGAUGUUUUCACCCGAUGACAGCGUGCUUCAGUCCCCGUUGCAAGUGGAUGACUUCGUCAAAGAUUUGCGCGCAAAGAACAAAUCGUUGGAAUCCAUUCUGCAAUCCUAUCAAAAACGCGAACGGGAGCUGAAUCAGAAGAUGGAAUCAACCGAGUCAAAGUUACGAAAGGAAAUGAUGAAGCUGGAAUCAAGGGCUCUCGGUCGUGAAGAUGAGCUUCGCCGGAGCUAUGACACCGAGAUGGCAAAACUCAAGAAGGAUCUCCGUACAGAGAAGGAAAAGAACAAGGCGAGUAUGCGAGCGAAAGAAGAAUUGGCCAACGCAAACGAUGAGCUCGAUUUGAUGCAACAUACGCACGAGAAGCUCUUGGAGGCCACUGAAAAGAUUCGAAAGUACAAAGAACGUAUCGACAGCAUGAACGAUUACAAGGAGGCAUUGGAACGCGAGCAGGAGGCUCACAGCGAAUCUGUCGAGGAGUGUCUGCGUCUCCAAAAUGAGUUGAAAGUUCUGCAACCAUUGAAGCGCCAGUUGGAAGAUUACAAAGCAAAGGCAGUGGACGCUGAGGUGCAGCUUGCUGAAUGCAAAGAUGCAUUGGCAAAGUUGGAGAGAGAACGAAGCGAGCUGAAUGGAAAGCGAGAUGAUGUCAUUCGAGAGGCCAGAGCACAGCGUGCCCAGGCCGACGAACUUCGCAAAUUCAUCCGUUUGAAGGAGACACAAGACGGCCCCGGGAUCGGGGAGGGUAUCAGCGAACUCAACCCGGAGCUUUACGAGGAACUCGUCAAACUGCGCAACGAGAAUGAACGAUUGAGAGUCUUCGCAGAGGAACGAACUGAUGACUCGGUUCAGAGGCUUCAAGAAAACCUGGAAGACUCCACAGUCCGACAGGAACGCUUCAAGGCAGAAUACCUCAAGUCCAAGAACAAGCUCGAGGAAACUGAAUCUCUUCUCUCCACGGCGAAACAAAGACUUGCUCAGUUGGAAGCCGAAAUUGUAGAUAAGGAUAAAGCCGCUGAGGAGUAUCAGAGAAAGAUCAAGUUCUUGGAGGAUCAGUACAACUCUUGCUUGGAAACUCUCGAGAGUCUCCAACAACGAAUUGGCAACUUGGAGGAACAGAAGAGCGUAUUGGAGACUGAACUCGACGAGUGGAAGGAGAUGGCCGAAAAGCUCGAGAAGGAACUGGAAAAGAGAACUGGUGAGCUCGAGAGUACGAAGGAUCAGCUCAAGGAAACCGAAGAUCUCAAGAGAAAAGUUGAAGCCGAUGUAGCUGAAUGGAAGAUCAUGUCCGACAAGCUCGAAGCAGAUUUGAAACGCCGAGCGGCUGAACUAGAUGGGACAAAGCAAACCUUGCAAAAUACCGAAGAAGCGAAAGCACAAAUCGAACGGGAUCUGGCAGAAUGGAAACAAAUGGCCGACAAACUCGACAUUGAGCUAGUGAAAAAGAAUGACGAACUCGAACAAGCACGCCAAACGUUGUUUUCGAUGGAGGAAGAGCAAAUGAAGCAGCAACAUCAGCUCAACGAGUGGAUUGCAAGUGCCGAGAAACUGCGAGAAGAGUUGAAAGCGAAGGAGAUGGAAGUGGAGGAAACCAAGACUCAGCUCAAUGAGACAAGGGAGAUGCUUCAUGCUUCUGGACAGCGCCAAGAAGAGCUCAUGAAUCAUAUCAACGACUACGAGAAGCGCCUCCAGGAAGCCGACGAGAAGUACCAGAAACUCGACACAGAGCUCCAGGAAACGAGUAGCUCUUUGAAGGCGGCAGAAGCUUCAGUGGAGGAGGGCAAGAAGCGAGAAGAAAACUUGAACGAGGAAAGUCGUCAGCUAAAAGAAGUCAGCGAAACGCUGCUGAAGCAGCUCAAGGAGGAGACGAAAGCAAAGGAGGAAAUUAGCCAAGAAUCUCACCGGACGCUGGAAGCAACAAGGGAAGUGUUGAACUCCAAGGCGAAGAAAGAGCUUGAGGAGUUGCAGGCAAACAUGAAUCGACUUCUCGACGACGAACGUAAGGCGUAUCGCAUGAAAGCCGACAAAGCGUCCGUUGACUACAAGAAACUGCAGGAGAAAUACGAAAUGAAACUAAAGGUAACGAUGGAUGAGUGUUCCGCCCGCAUCAAGGAUACUGAAGAAAACUCGAUGCGGCGGAUGGCGCAACUACAAGAUCAAACAGCGAACGAGAUUGAGAAGAUCAAGCAGCAAGAGGACGAGAAGCGUACAGAACUGAAACAAAGACUUGAAGAGCUCUUACAAGGAGCGAAAAACGGUGCCGAAGCGGCGCUCAAAGAAUUGUGGCAGCAGAAGGAGCAAACAUCUCUCGAACUUGCAACUUCCCAGGAGCAAUACAACCAGCUGGCUUCGAAAUAUGCUUCGAAGAAGGAAAGGCUGGAAUAUGCUACCAAUACGAUCAUUGAGAUGGAGACAUUGCGGGAUGACCUUAAUGAUACUGUCACAAAACUACAACGCGAAAAAACAUUGCUCCAAGAAGAAUCCGACAAAUACCGUCGUCAGCUAGGCGGUCAAAGAGGUACCGAUCACUCCCAAGUCGACAAACUCAACAAGGAGUUGAUGGAUGCUCAUCACGAGCUUCAAGACCUGAAGCGAAAACUUGCAAAGAGCGCGUCCCAGGACACGUCCAUGUCGUUCCAAAGCGAGAGCAACAGCAGCCAUUUGCUCGGAAGCUAUUCCAGCGGGGCAGCCAACCAAUCGGCGCUUGUAGAGGUCAAGGCGGGGUACGAAGAGGAAGCAGCGAGACUCAACGAGGAGAAACGAGAAAUGGUAAUGAAGUACUCGUCAGCCACUGUUGAAGUCCAAAAGGUAACCCAAGCGCUACACCAGCGGGAUCAAGAGAUUACCAAGCUCAAAGCGGAACUGACUGCUGUGAAGCUCGACAAAGAACGUGCGGAAAUGGCUGUGACGGACGAGGAAGAAAACAGGGAAGCCUCGUUCUUCUAUCAAGACACGGACACAAGCUUCGGAGCACCGGAACUACAGGGAACGUUUUCCUCGGAUAUUCCGGCACCGCGCAUCGAGCCUCAGCAGCGACAAAUCAGUGAUUCGCGAGAAAACAGGGAAGCCUCAUUCUACAGUCACUAUCGAGACACAGACACAAGCUUCGGAUCACCGGGCCUAAAGGAAUCGUUUUCCUCGGAUAUUCCAGCGCCGCGCAUCGAGCCUCAGCAGCGACAGAUCAGUGAUGAGGAAAAGUCGGCGUUUUCCACGGGAGACAAAAAUGUAAAUGUACUUUCUCCAAGCAACAAGCUCGAGCUUCAGCGGCAGAUGAGCCACUCGCGACAACAAAACGAAGACGGUUCGAGGGGUGAACAAGUGCUUACUCCAAGCAAGAAACACGAAAACAACGCAGGUGCAUUUUCGCGUGCUGAAACAGCGAGCCCCAGCUUUGCUUCGAAGGCGAGAGUUUACGAGCUUCAUAUACAGAAAGUGAACAAGAAGUCACCGGAUCGUGCUCGUCCCGACAUCCACAGACCAAUGAAAGACUUCACUCAACAAUUGCAGGCCGAUCAGAUGACUCCCGGUGACGGCGAUGGUCAAACGGAAUGCACUCAGAGUUGA